ACCAGCUACUCUCUGCUAUUUUGUGCACAUUCUAAGAAAGAAGUGGUGAUAUAUCUGAUCCCAUGGCAAACCGUACAGAACCAGAAAAAAGUUGUUAAUCUGAUCAGUGGAGAUUAAUAUUACUAUUGUUUGAGGAGGAGUUACUAUAUUUCCUGAGGUUAUAUGUCAGUAGUUCACUGCCCUGAAGCCUCAGUCACUUUCCUCUGAUUUCCUUCCACUGCCCCCCUCCUGCUGCUCUGAGCCCCCGGGUCUGGUGACCAUGGUGACAGAACAUGUUCCUAUCUGAUGGCUUCCUCUGGCUUUAAAUCUCUCUGUUGUUGUCUUUGUGGAUCUAAAAAGAAAUUCCAGAAACUACAGACCUUUGAACCUGUUGAAGAAGUAGAGUCCGUGCCCCCCAAAAAAGUCCAGACAGAACAGCCCAAACGUGCAAGGUCUGUCACCCCGGACAUAGAGAAAGAGGAUAGCUGUGUAUCAAUCUCAGAAAAGGAGGAGAGUUCUGUCCUAGCUGUAGCUCAGGGAGAAAGCACAGCCCCUAUAGCUGACCAGGAAGAGAGUCUAUUGUUAGACUUAGAAGGAGAGUCCAUUUCUCAUACUGAAAGUAAAAGUAACACACCUCUCCUACCACGAGAGUCUAAAUUAAAACCUCAAACAGAUGGUGGUCUAGGUAAUUCUAAACAGCUGAUAUCAUCUACUGAGAGGGAUCUGAAAUUAGACAGUACAAAAGUUAUAACCAAGGAACCCAAGCCAGUUCCUGAAAUAUUCAUCUGUGCUGAAAGUUCAGAUACACAGUCAGAACCACCUAUUGUCACAGAGACAUUUGAGCCUUCUACAGCGGAUCCAAGUAAAGUCAGUACAGAGGAGGGAAAAGAAGCUGUAGAUUUACUGAAUCAGGAAAUCAAAAAAGUGUUGACAGAGAAAGGAGAAGUAACUGAAAGUAAAGACAAAGACAGUCCUUCUGCUGAAAAGAACAAACUUCUGGAAGCGAUUAAUUUGACACUGACAAACAUCAUGGAAAAAGCUGAUAAAUUAGUGGUAGAACAGGUGUCAGUCAAUAUGGCCACAAAGACUGAACACGCUGCUCCUAAGUCAGAAGUACUCUCAUCACUAGUGGAGCAGGUCCAAGCACCUGCUGAAAGGGAAGCAACUCCUGACUCAGAUGGCUCCAUGCAUGGUAGUUCUGGAUCUGAAGCUCUGGAGGAAGCACUGAAGGAUGCUGGGAUUGUUAAUGGGGAUAAGCAUGAGGAAAAGGGAGAUAAACAGGAAAAGGGGGAUAAAAAGGAGGAAAAGACUGGGAAAAGUAAAAAGAAAGAAGACAAAACUAUAGAUCAUAUAUUAAGGGCUUUAAGCAGUUUACAGACAACAGAAGAAAAACUGGCAGCUCUUUGUAAAAAAUAUGCAGAUUUACACGAAGAGCACAGAGUUUUACAGAGUACUCAUAAACAACAACAGAGGAAACUAGCUAUGGUAACAAGGGAAAAAGACCAGCUCCAAACAGAACACACCAAGGCAGUGAUGGCUAAAAGUAAACUAGAGGGGCUCUGUCGAGAAUUACAGAAACAUAAUCAGGUCAUCAGGCAAGAAAGCUUGCAAAGAGCAAGAGAAGAAGAUGAAAAGAGAAAAGAGAUAUCAAAUAAAUUUCAGUCCACGAUUUCGGAGAUCCAGCAGCAGAUGACAGACCAUCAUGACAGAAAUCUAAAGCUGCGGGAAGAAAACCAGGAACUAGCCGGCAAACUCAAAAAGUUCAUUGAACAGUAUGAGGUCCGAGAGAAGCAAGUGGAGAAGGUGAUGCAGCAUAGAGAGCUGGAGCAGAAGUUAGCGGACGCAAAACUGGAGCAGGCUAACGCUUACCUAGCAGAGGAGCAGGAAAAGUGUAGAAAGGAGCAUCUAGUGGCUGCAGAGAAUGCCAAGCGGGCAGCUUUGUUAGAGACUCAGCUAGCCAUGUAUAAAGAAAGAUAUGAAGAGUUUCAGUCCACUAUUAAUAGAAGCAAUGAUAUGUUCCAGAAAUUUAAAACAGAGAUGGAAAAGAUGACAAAAAGAAUUAAGAAAUUGGAGAAAGAUGGAGCGGCCUGGAAGAAUAAAUGGGAGAAUGCCAACAAAGCUUUACUGGAAAUGGCAGAGGAGAAACAACUGUACGACAAAGAGAAACCAUUACUUCUCAAUAAAAUCCAGAAACUGGAGUCGCUGUGUAGAGCCAUGCAGGCGGAAAGACUAGGGAGAAAGGCAGCAGAGGCACAUAACAUAGAUAUAUCUAAUAUAGAUGAAGAGUUACCCAAAGUGUUGGCGAGUUCCACAACUCCUCCCAAAUCUUCUCCAGCCAAGUCAAAACCUGAGGCCGAAAAUGCCUCACCCUCAGGGUCAGAUGAAAAAUCCCCACCCACAGAACCCAGUGGAGAGGGAGAUACAGGGGACGAGGCCAAUCCUGCCCCAACAGACGAAGACAAACCCGUACAGAAGUCAGAGGAAACUCCAGCUGAGUCGAAUCCCGAGUCUCAACCUGAAGACACACCCGCUGAAACGUAGCAAAGAGGGACUAUUGAAAAUUUCGUUGCAUUUUAUUUUAGCUCACCACAGCCAAAUGAUCAAGGAAGCUUAUCUGACUGAAACUUGUCUGCCUUCUGAAUGGAAAUUUGUUUGUUUGUGGAAAUAAUUUCCACAGAUAAUUUCAUACACUGUCAUGAAAUAAUUCUAUGGUGAUGCUUAUGAUGUUACUUUUUCUUCAGAAUAUUUAAAUUCCACAAAAACCACAUUGGUUUUAUUUAUGGCAUUUGUAGAAGAUUUUCUUUCCAUUCCUAAAACAUCUCUGAUAUUUUUCUACACUGGAAUCAAUAAAAUGCAGUGUUUUGGAGUGAACAAAAUUUUAAAGUGUAUAGCAUGCCUUUUGGUUCAAAAAAAAAUUAUUGCUGCAUAUUCAUUUCACUUAAUACAGAUAUCUUCUAAAUGUGCUCAGUUAGACUCCUGACUUUCUAGCAGUGAUCGGACUUGACUUUUUUAUAUAACUGUUAAACAGUUUUUCUUGUUCCUUUUUGGUGAUUAAAAUUUAACUUCAUGUGAUGCUGUUUGGGAACUCUGGUGAGACAUGUGACCCUGUGGCCUCUGUGUUUGUAAGCCAUGGUGUAAAAAUAUCAUUACACCAAGUACAGCUUUGACUUCCAAGUAUGUACAAAGAUGAUCAAAGGUGUUUUAAGAGCAAUAUUUUAACUUUUGAUUAUUUAAAGUUUGUUGGAUAAUAAAGAAGAAAGUUUGCUGUA